AUGGAGGAAAGCAAUAUUCAGGUUGCUCAUGAAAUUUUUGAUGAAGCAUGGUUAACCGAUAAAUAUAUUAAUGAUCUUCCAAGUGGUUAUCGAUUCGUCCCAACCAACGAAGAAUUGAUUGAAGAGUACUUAAAGAAGAAGAUCAAGAAUGAGCUACUGCCCAUCAACAGGUUUCGUGAAGUUGAUGUUUACAAAUACCAUCCUGAAGAGCUUACUGGGAUGCACAACUUACUCAGAGAAAGCGAGUGGUACUUUUUCAGUUCUAGGGACCGAAAGUACCCAAAUGGAUCUCGGCCAAAUCGAGCAGCAGACAACCAUGGAUAUUGGAAGGCAACUGGAACCGAUGACAAGAUCAAAGUUAACAAUGAAGUAAUUGGGCAGAAAAGGAUUCUAGAUUUUUAUGCAGGGAAACACGGGGAAGGAGUUAAGACAGAAUGGAAAAUGCAUGAAUACGUUCUUAGUGGAAAUAUUGCUCCUUCAAAUGGCCAUAAAGCCGACGGUGACAUGAAGUUGAACGAUUGUGUUUUGUGUAAGAUUUAUAAGAACAAAAGAGUCAAGAAAAAUAAAAAUAAAGAGAUUGCAGAUUCAGUUCAAUCAGCUAAUCAGCAUGAUCAUCAAGAAUAUCCAUCUCCUCUUAUUGCCAAUUCCAAUUCAUCCUCUUCAUCAAUAAAUCAUCAUUACACUGCUGCUGGUAUGUCUUCCACAACAGUGAACACAGAAUUUGGUGAGCCCCCGUAUUAUAAUGAGUCUUUCCAAAAUGGAGCUUGGAGCAAUUAUCCAUGGCCCAUCACCAGCUUCAACAAUGAUCGAACUUUAGACACUGCAUAUACAAGUCAUGGGCUGCCUAUGAACACCUUUUCUUCUCCAUUUAGCACAGAUUUGGAGCCAAUCAAUGACACGGCAUUGGCUGAUCCAAGUACUUCUUCUCAGUUCCCUCACGAUCAUGCUGGGGAAGAUGACAAUAAUUCAUUUGAUAUAUAG